AUGACGCUUGGUGAAUUAACACGUAGAUGCAAUAAGUUAAAUUUACCUAAAUUAAUGAGUGAAACAGAUUCAAAAGAUUAUAAAGAGGAAAUCACUAAAAAAUUUUUUGAGGAUGGUUAUGAUGAUUUAGAGGAAUCUUUGAAACCUUGGAUGAAUGACUUGCUUACAGCAGCACAGAAAUCUAAAGUUACUUUUACAUUGUUUUCAACAGUGGCAUUAUUUGCAAUAUUCACAGUUGCCGCACCAACUUUUUUACCAUGUCCAGUGCUUGAUGAAACACAACGUAGAGCCUUACUAGAACAACAUCUUAAAGAAAAGAAAUUGAAUUCUAGAAAAGCUCAAGUUUUAAUAACGCCAAGGGAUGACAAUGUUCUAAAGAAGAUUAAAGAACACCUUAUAAAAGAACAAUAA